CGCUUCCCACCCACAGCAGCGGCCGCCUGACGGGAUGCUGGCGGAAUGCGUGAGGCGGGCUCUGCUCUCCGGCCAGACCCAGGUGUUGGGACAACGUCCACGCGCUGCCUACUAGUCCUUAUCGUCCCGGCAUUGCAACACAUCAGCGCUACUGUGCGCUGAGCCAUUUUGGAGGCAGAGGUCGACGCCGCAGCUCGGCCCUUUCUCUCUCUCUCUCCCUCUCUCUCUCUUUUCUCUUCCCCUCUCUCCGAGUCCUCCUCUCUCCUCUCCGUGGAGGAAGCCGACGCGGAAGUUGUUGGACGGCAGCUCCUCUCCAGAAGUUGACGAUGAAGACCAGCGUCCUGCUGCUCGUGCUCGCAGCCCUCACCUGCGGGCUGGCUCAGGAGGAGGACAAUGCGGUGGAGGAGCUGCAGGUGGAGACCCUGGUGAAACCCGAAAGUUGCUCCCUAGUUUCCAGCAUGGGAGACACGAUGCAGAUCCACUACACGGGGAAGCUGAUGGACGGCAAGGUGAUCGACUCAUCUCUGUCACGGGAUCCUCUUGUUGUGGAGUUGGGGAAGAGGACAGUCAUUGCUGGUCUGGAGCAAAGCUUGAUUGGUGUGUGUGCGGGGCAGAAAAUUAAAGCCACUAUUCCUGCUCAUCUUGCAUAUGGGAAAAAAGGUUAUCCUCCCACAAUCCCAGGUGAUGCUGCCCUCGAGUUCGAGGUGGAGGUGAUUUCUCUAACGCAGCAGACUCAGUGGCAGAAGAUGGUCAACGAUGUGUUCCCACUCCUGUGUCUGGCCCUCGUCCCCACCCUGCUUGGCCUGGUGGGACUUUACCUCUACAAAAAGGCCAACGCUCAGAAACCCAACAAAAAGAAGGCAAAGGAUAAGAAGAGCAAGAAGAAAUAAGGACAAGACACAGAACUAUUUAAAUAAAUUUUU